GGCUUUCAGUGUAUUUAGUGCAUUCGUUUCGUUCGGUUCGCUCCAACGGUACUCUGUCGUUCGGUGAAAGGACAACCUCAAUAUAACCCAUACAAGUGAAGCACCAACACACACACACGCACGCACGCAUCGUCUACAUAGGUGCGGCAGGCAGUCAGUGGUAGUGCCAACGGUAACGAUUAAAAUUGGUAAAAUGUCAGCUUGCAGCUGAAAACUUUUCAAUAAAAUAAAAUCAAUUCAAAUUCAAUCAAUCAUCAAGCAGCAGAGACAACGACAGCGCCAGAAACCUCAAAAUCAACCAACAAUCGAAUAACAAUCGAAGAAGAGGAAAGGCAGCGGCAGAGUCCUGCGAUCCACUCCGAGGCUGGUCGAGCCGGGCCCCAGGGCUAAUGAAGAUGAAGUGAUAUCCCGGCCAGCUGGAACUGUGUUCGAGCCGAAAUUAAACAGAAUAUAAAUCGCUGGAAAAAUGGCAGCGAUUUGUCAGCAUCUGUCGAGCGGAACAAAUGCAAAGUAGUUAUCUAACUAAAGGGAAAACUACAGCGAGUCUAUUGGACUAGGCGGUAGCAUACAUAUAUUACGCAAAACGAUUUUCUUUUCAUUUUUUUGCUGGCGACCUUUUUGUUGCGGCAAUUUCACGCAUCGCAGCGGGAUGAUGGCAGGCGCUAAUCAGGCCGCUCCCAGCCACGCCCCUCAGUUAUUCCGGCAACACAUUUUCAAAUAGCUCCAACCCAACACAGAAAAACCCAGAGAGAUAGAGCGAGCGAGCGAGGGAGGGCUCAGAAGUGAAAUAUUAUGGCCACUUUUCAAAUGGAAAUGCGCCAGCAGCAGAAGGAGAAGCAACGAACGAAUUUAAAGCAACGAGAAACGGCAACAUCUGCAACAGCAAGAGCGGAAACACUUGCCACAUCCACAGCCAGGAGACAACGACCAGAGCGAGAUCAACAGCACUCGGACCCACCAGAAAUCAGCACAGAUUGCACCAGGCUUUGGCCAGGCACCUGCAAUAGCAGCAGCACAGUCAGGGUUAGUGGUUGCGGCAGUGGCAGUGGCAGAGGCAACACCAAUCCACUCAUCAGCAACAUCUCCACCAACAACAACAAAAGCAGCAGCAGCAACACCAGGAGACUCUACGUGGACUGCAGAGGCCGUCAAAGGGCACUGAUAAUGCUCAGCAUGCUCUUUCUUAUCAUCGCUCUGAUAUCUGGAAAUGGAGUGUUUGCCGCACAGCGUGACUCUAACAAAUCGAAGGAUAUGAGCAGCAGUAAUAAUGCCAUUCCGAAUGGUGGAGCAGGAGCAGCUGGCGUGGGAGAAGCCUCACAGUCGCCAGGAGGUCCCAAUGGUGUCGCCGGAAGCGGAAGCUUGAGCAGCAAUAGCAACAAUGCCAACGGAAAUAACAAAAAUGGCCAUGCAGCUGGAGGAGGAGCAGGCCUCUCACCAGCCUCCGAGUCCAGCUCAAUGACAACCGAUGCCAGCAGAGCGCCCAGUUCUAGCUCCAGCUCUGGAUCUGGCUCAAGCUCUACCACCAUCACUGGCAUUCCUAGCAGUAGCUUGCACAAGGCCAGCAGCAGCAGCAUCAACACAAUUGCCUCACAAUCGGGAGCCGCAUCCGCAUCCGGCAUCCAUCGCAACAGCAUCGACCUGAUGGAGGAGGCACGCAAUGCGGGACCCUACUUCGACAAGGCCGUCUCCAAGAAUGUCACCGCCCUGCUGGGCAAGACGGCCUAUUUGAACUGCCGCGUCAAGAAUCUGGGCAACAAAACGAUGCUGCUUCAGGUGUCCUGGGUGCGACAUCGGGACAUACACUUGCUGACAGUGGGCCGGUACACGUACACGUCGGAUCAGCGCUUUCGGGCCAUACACCAGCCGCAAACCGAAGACUGGAUGCUACAAAUCAAAUAUCCGCAGCAUCGUGAUUCUGGCAUCUACGAGUGCCAGGUAUCAACCACACCGCACAUGAGUCACUACAUUCACCUGAAUGUUGUUGAACCCUCGACGGAAAUAAUCGGCGCCCCCGACCUGUAUAUAGAGAGUGGAUCGACUAUAAAUCUCACCUGUGUCAUACUCAACUCACCGGAGCCGCCGGCUUAUAUCUUCUGGAAUCACAAUAAUGCAGAUUUCCAUUCUCAUCCGCAGAUUAUCAACUACGAUUCGCCGCGCGGCGGCGUUUCGGUGGUGACCAAUAAGGGCGAGACGACCACAUCAUUUCUCUUGAUUAAAUCGGCGCGUCCGUCGGACUCGGGGCAUUAUCAGUGUAAUCCAUCAAAUGCAAAGCCCCGCAGCGUCACGGUACAUGUGCUCAAUGGUGUUUCUCAUUCCGUUUCCAGGGGAGUUCCCAGCAGCAAUGCAGCACGCGGCACCAGCGCAUCCUCGCCACUCGCUCACUCGCUAUCUCUGUGUGUACCUGUGUGUGUGCUUCUGCACCUGGGCGCUUGUCGGACGCUCCACACGCUCCUCGCUUCGGCAGCUCGUGUCGCCUCCGCCUACCGUCGGCCGAAACGUGUCCCAGCCGGCAGUGUGUCCGUUUGUGGGAUUGGUGGCGUGCGACAGCUCCUCGAGUGCAUUCUGAGUCUCUGCUGCUGCUGCUGUUGCUGCUGGCAUUGGCAGGGCCGCAGACCAUGGUGCUGGUGGCAACCGCAAGAGGAGCAGCCCCUGCCACAACAUGAACUGAGACUACAAUCAAGGAAGACGGCACUGGAGACGGACACGUUAAGGCAGGUCUUUGAGGCGGACAUAAGGUGAGCGAUCCCUCGACCCGCUCCACGCUAAACCAACAGCUCUACACCCUAGACACACUGUAACUAUAAUAACUAUAACGUAUCUUAUAUGAAUAUACAUAAAUCUAGUGGCUAUUGGGUUUUUCUAUGAAUCAGCGACGUAUACGUAAUAUUUAGCACAAAAUAUGAAUGAUAAUACGAAAAUCAAGCCAAGUUGUCGCCUUUUUUUCUAUGUACGACUUUGUAUCAUACAAUGAAGCUGUCUACGUUUUCGGUUAACUAAACCUUUGAUUGGAAAUUGUGUAUAUAGGCUGCAUAGCAUACCUAGAGUCGCUUUUUCAAUUGACGAUGAUACUCUCCUUUCCACAACUAUGAAACUUUUAUAGAACAAAA